AAAAGUAACGGUAUCCAUCUAGGAUACUUUGCUAUGAACAACCUGAUAAUCUUAAUAACUUAGUUAACAGACUUCCAUGUUCUUGGUAACUAGCCGCUAUUCCAAGUGAGAGAGGGGGAAAUCCAAUUGGCGCGGUUAUACAGUAUUUCCGGCCGCGGCGAUUAGAUUUGACUGAGUUUUAAUCAGCAGUACUCUGUAUCUUCGCCAAAAAAAAAAAAGGCGCGUCAAGACAGACAUGACUCUAUUCUGAAGGCUUUCAAACCAUGUCGAAAACUAAGGACGACGAUUUUGACUUGCCAUCUGCGAAAAGGCAAAAGCGAGUGACUAGUCUGCAGAGCCAGCAACAUGUUCAAUCGCCGGGUUCGAAAAUAUUUUCACCAUAUCGGACACUAGGAUUAGUAACGACCAAAAUUCCGCUCACUUACGUUCGGUUGGGAAAGUCUACCUACCAGAUCACUACGUCUGUAGGGCGCAGCCUACAGACUUACGACCUACGACGGGGACUUAGUCUGGUCUUUGUGAGUAGACCACAAACUCCUGACAUCAUAACUGCAACAUUUGCCUGGCAAGAUAGGGUUUUUGCGGCAUGGGGAAACGUCCGACCUGGAUCUCCGGGGGGAAUAUGGGUCUUUAAGCGUGGCGCAAAGGUUGCAUCGCUGCAGCUGCCGUCAGAGCUCACUGAGCCCAUCGACCGGCUGCUGGUCUUCGGAUCGUGGGUAAUUGGGAUUAACAGCAGAUGCAUAUCUGUGUGGAAAAAUGCAUCGUACCAGCACCACAUAACCCUUUUCCCACAACACACCAAGGACCUUUCGACUGAGCAAGUUUAUACCGGGCAAAUUUGCAAUAUGCCGACGUACCUAAACAAAAUUUUCGCUGGAAGGUGCGAUGGAAAGGUUGAUAUUUGGAAUGUCAAGUCAGGAAAAUUGAUCCACACGAUAUUACCAGCCUCCUCGUCUGCUGGAGCUGUAACUGCUCUGCAGGCAACCCCAGCCCUGUCUAUGAUUGCCAUUGCAUACAAGAGUGGUCAGGUCUCUGUAUGUGACGUGCAGACAGGCCAAGUGGUCCUGUCAUUACGAAGCAAGAGCUCGCGAUUGCCGGUAAUCACUUCUCUCACAUUUCGAACGGAUGGGCUAGGUGCGGGCGAAGAUGGUCGAGCACCAGGCGUCAUGGCAUCUGCUUGCUUGGAGAGUGGAGACAUCACAUUGUGGGAUUUGAACAAUGGCGGCAGAAUUUCCGGUGUUCUCCGCCAGGCACACGGGAUCUCCGGUAACGAUCCAAGCUCCGGCGUGAGUCAUGUUCAGUUCUUGGAAGGUCAGCCUGUUUUAAUCUCGUCUGGAGGCGAUAAUUCUCUGAAAACGUGGAUCUUUGACCACAAUCCAUUUUCAAGUGUUCCUAGGCUUCUUCACUUCCGGAGUGGACAUUCGGCCCCAAUCACCGCUGUUGAAUUCCUACCAGCUGCCUCUGAUGGAUCAGAGCUUGCGGGCAAGUGGUUGCUUAGCGCAAGCAAAGACCGAAGCUUCUGGAGCUUUAGUGCACGCAAGGAUAGUCAGAAUGCGGAAAUCUCUCAGGGUGCUGUCGAGCACAAAACGAAGAAGAAAACAGCUUCGAACACGACAAGGGAUUUUCCGACUGGCGUUUCUGAGCAUGAGUUUAGGGCAGCAGAAAUAACUUGUAUUGCGUGCUCUCUCAAUCGAGAUGGUGGGAUGGGCACGACGACGUCCGGUCCCAUUUGGGCCAAUCCAAAGAUAUCAAGGACAGAUGAAUCCAGCAAAACUGGUUGGGAAAGUAUAGUAACCGGUCACCGCGGAGACAAAUAUGCACGAACAUGGUUUUGGGGCAGAAAAAGAGCCGGGCGUUGGGCGUUAGAAACCGGUGAUGGCAGUGAGGUCAAGAGCGUUGCUAUAUCGAAGUGUGGAACAUUCGCAGUGAUUGGCUCCGCGGGGGGCAGCAUAAACAUGUUCAACCUGCAAUCUGGAGCUCAUCGGCAAAGUUUCCCGGUCCAAGAUUUGAGCGGCAAAUCCAAAGACAAGCUUGCGGCUUCCCAUGUGCGCUCUGGCAUGUCUCUGAAGCAUUCUAAGGCGGUCACUGGCUUGGUAAUCGACAGUCUGAACCGUUAUGUUGUGAGUUGUGGCCUCGAUGGGAAAGUCAAAUUCUGGGAUCUUGUUCUGGGUUCCUUGGUUGAUGAGCUUGAUUGGUAUCCGAUGACAGCGAUCAACGGGCUCCGCUACAGUCGUACAAACGAGCUCGUUGCGCUUGGCUGUGACGAUCUUUCCAUUCGCAUUGUCGACGUGGAAACUAGGAAAGUCAUUCGGGAAUUUUGGGGGUGUGUAGGCCAAAUCAAUGACUUCUCAUUUUCAAAUGAUGGGCGCUGGAUUAUUGCUGCGUCAAUGGACUCGACAAUUCGAGUCUGGGACUUGCCAACAGGGCACCUUAUUGAUGUUUUCCACGUUUCUAGCACUUGUACCUCGGUCGCCAUGUCAUCUACGGGCGAAUUUUUGGCAACUGCGCACGCAGAUGGGUUAGGGAUCACUCUCUGGUCUAACAGAAGCCUGUUUGUGCCUAUUUCUACCCAGAGCGUGGACGAUCGCAGAAUCGGAAGUGUUGGUAUCCCAGCAUCUUCUAUAGAGUUUGGAUCGGGUGUGAUCGAUGCUGCAUUUUGUGAAGAGAAAGAGCAAGUCGAAGGAGAUGGCCCAUUGCCUACCGUUGACCAGCUCAGUGGCAACAUGGUAACACUAAGUGUCGUUCCCAAAAGCAAGUGGCAGACUUUCCUUCACCUGAAUUUAAUCAAGGAGCGGAACAAACCGAAGGAGGCUCCAAAAGCCCCUGUGAAGGCACCUUUCUUUCUGCCGAGUCAUUUUGAGUCGAGCACAGCGGCAACCGACACCACAAGAAAAUCAGAAGUGACAGUCGCUGAACGCUCGAGGAUUUCCAAGAUACAGCGUAGUGGGGAAAGCGGUAUCACAAGCUCUAAGUUUACCAACCUCCUGCAAGCUGGUCACGUCUCAAAUGAUUUCGAUCCUUUCAUUGAACAUCUCAAGUCUCUGGCCCCAGCGAAAGCAGAUCUUGAAAUCAGGUCAUUGGGUCCCCAAAGACAGGCUGGUCGCUCUGAACUAUCAAUCUUUGUGGUGGCGCUCACGUAUCGUCUCAAUCAGAGGAGAGACUUCGAGCUUGUGAAUGCCUGGAUGGCUGUUUUUCUGAGGGUCCACGCAGAUUCUGUGGCUGAUUGUUCCAAAUCCGACGGCGAUGAUGGUGACGACAGUGACCCCUUGAGACGGGCUCUUCUUGUCUGGAGCCGAGCGCAACGGCGUGAGGCUCAGCGCUUGGCUGAGUUGGUAGGAUACUGUCGGGGAGUGGUGGGUUUCAUGAGGUCCACUCGUUGAUAUCGCCCACGUCUGGUCCUGGAAUCCGCAAGCAUGGAAUAUAAAUUUUUAUACGUGCUUCUACUACAUUUCUUGUAAUCUGCAUUAUCGUUCGCAUUAAUUGCGUGGACAAAAUGGUGGAAAAUAGAAUCUCGGCGCCAAGUUCCGUAUUGAGUCAUUGCUGUGAUAGAAUCUCAAAAAUAUUGUAAGAGUUUUCC